AAUACCGUUGAAGGGAGAGCUCUUCAAACACGCCAUAAAGCUCCGUUUGGUUGCUGAGAAAAAGUGAGGGAAAAUAAAAGAAAGUUACAAUCUUGACAUUUACAUCCGUAUUGAUUGUGUUUUAGUCCAUCCUGAAAUCCCUACUCAAUAGCAUCAGGCAACCACAGGGCUAGAAAGCGGAAAGAGCGCAGAAUAGAAUAUAGUGGAUACAUCAUCUUCUUUUCUUUUAUUUUAAUUUCUACAGACGAAGAAGAUCCGAAGAUCACAUGCUCUCAAAGCUACCCACUAACCUUCCACCUCAUCUGAAUCUAAAGAUCAUCAAGAAAUUCACUUAUAAUGGGGAUUUAGGACGUGCACGCCAGUUGUUUGACACAAUUUCUGAACCAGAUUUGCUUUCAUGGACUGUCUUAAUAGAUGCAUACACAAAGCAUGGUUUCCCAAAGGAAGCAAUAAAACUCUAUGCGGAAUUUCAUAAAAGGAAUGUCCAACCGGAUAAGUUGCUACUUUUAUCUGUUGCCAAGGCAUGCUCUGCUUCAAUGGAUAUUAACAAAGCAAAAAAGAUUCACGAAGACUCAAUCAAAUUUGGGUUUGGAUCAGAUCUUCUUCUGGGUAAUGCCUUGAUUGAUAUGUAUGGUAAAUGCAGAUACUCGGAAGGUGCGAUAAAAGUUUUUGCUUGUUUGCGAGUAAAAGAUGUGAUUUCAUGGACUUCUAUUGCUUCUUGUUAUGUGAACUGUGGGCUGCCAAGGGAGGCUCUUCGGUCCUUUCGUGAGAUGGGUUUACGUGGUGUGAGACCCAAUUCAAUUACACUUUCUUCCAUUCUUCCGGCCUGCUCAGAGUUGAAGGAUUUGAGUUCUGGUAGAGAGAUUCACGGUUUUGUUGUGAGAAACGGAUUGGGGGACAAUGUAUUUGUGAGUAGUGCUCUUGUAAACAUGUAUGCUAGUUGUUUGAGCAUCACACAAGCGCAGUUGGUAUUUGAAAACAUGUCUCAACGUGACAUUGUCUCCUGGAACGCGAUAAUAACAGCAUAUUUUUUAAACAGAGAAUGUGAGAAGGCUCUUUGUCUAUUCCACCGAAUGAGAACUGGAGGGGCCAAGUUGAACCGUGCUUCCUGGAAUGCUGUUAUUGGUGGGUGUAUGCAAAAUAAUCGACCCAGAGAAGCACAAGAGAUGCUCGCCCAAAUGCAAGAUUUGGGAUUCAAACCUAAUCAAAUCACGAUUACUACUUUGUUACCUGCCUGCACAACUUUAGAAAGCUUGAGAGGAGGCAAGGAGAUUCAUGGGUAUGUAUUUAGGCAUUGGUUUUUUGAUGAUGUAACAGCCACAACUGCUCUGGUUCUCAUGUAUGCUAAAUGUGGCAACUUGGAACUUGCUCAUAGCGUUUUUAAUAUGAUGCCCAGAAGGGAUGCUAUUGCUUGGAGCACAAUGAUUUUUGCAAACUCAAUGCAUGGGAACGGUGAGGAAGCCUUGUCACUAUUUCAUAGAAUGUUAAACUCAGGAAUCAAACCCAAUGCUAUGACUUUUACUGGUGUUUUGUCUGGUUGUAGCCAUUCACGACUUGUUGAUGAAGCUUUCUCAAUUUUUCACUCGAUGAGUAGGGACCACUUGAUUGAACCUGAUGCCGAGCACUAUUCAUGCAUGGUUGAUGUACUAAGUCGAGCUGGUUGCCUAGAAGAGGCAUAUGAGUUCAUCCAAAAAAUGCCUAUAGAACCAAAACCUGGCGCUUGGGGAGCCAUGCUUGGUGCUUGUAGAGUAUAUAAGAAUGUUGAUUUGGGACGGCUUGCAGCAAAGCGAUUGUUUGAGAUUGAACCAAACAACCCUGGAAACUAUGUUCUAUUGUCCAACAUCUUUGUUUCUGCCAAAUUAUGGGGUGAGGCCUCAGAGACUAGGAAACUAAUGAGAGACAGAGGAAUUACAAAAAUACCUGGUUGUAGUUGGGUGCAAGUGAGAAAUAAAGUACACACUUUUGUUGUUGGUGAUAAAAGGAAUGAUCAAAGCGAUAAGAUUUACAGAUUUUUGGAUGAAUUGGGUGAGAAGAUGCGAUUAGCAGGGUAUAUGCCUAAUACUGAGUUUGUUUUGCAAGAUGUGGAUCAAGAGGAGAAAGAAGAUCUUUUGUGCAAUCAUAGUGAAAAACUUGCUGUUGCUUUUGGGAUACUUAAUUUGAAUGGGGGUUCAUCAAUUCGGGUAUUUAAGAACUUGAGGAUAUGUGGAGACUGUCAUAAUGCUAUCAAGUUCAUUGCCAAGAUUGUGGGUGUGCAGAUUAUUGUGAGAGAUUCUCUGAGGUUUCACCAUUUCAAGGAUGGGAUUUGUUCCUGUCAAGAUUUUUGGUGACCACUAGAUCUAUUUUACAGGGAGUUGUGAUACAGGGAGAGAUCGAGUCAAGUGACAUGAUAUAGAUGAUGCUCAGGGCGAUGUGCAUGAUCAGGAUUGCCAUAUCUGAAAGCGCACAUAGACUUGUCUAUGUUUUCGAGUCUCUGUAAAAUGAGCUUUUCUGGGGACAAGACAAUUAGUAGAUCAAAGUGGAGCUGGAACGUGGGGAAGGGGUGGAAAACCAAAAAUUUUCCUUAAUCAUGGAACAGUAGCUGAAGACAGAGCCGAGAUGGUGGUGGAUUACAAAACAUGAUUAUACCCUGUUGACUAGACUCUGGAAGGCGUCCACAUGCUAUGUAACUUUUAACAUAUACAAUCGAACACCAAGGUACACAACAUUGCAAACAGAUUUAGAAUAAAAUGAUGAUGCCAAUUCCUUUAUCAUGAUAAGUUGUUAAACAGUGUGUGCUAUUGAGAUUGCCCUUAACAAGAGAGUCCAUAUAUUGGUUGUACUUCUUAUUUAAUGUUUAUUGAACAUUUUGUACUUUGUACAAAAAACUAUUGCAGCUUGUUUAAAAUGUUUAAUUUUGCCUUUGAA